AUGUCAACUCAAGAAACAAUUAAACAAGAAAAAAUCAAAGAGUCUGCAAGACUUUCUGGUCUCUUAGCAAUGUUCUCAAUUUAUAUUGAUGUGCUUAAUGAUAAUAACGGUUGUCAUUCUUCUGGUUUUUUAUCUGAUGCUUUGGAACUUCAUAUUAAAGAUUUGGAAAAGGACAGUUUCAAAUAUUACAAAUCUGAAUUUGAAGCUAGCAAGAUCGAAAUUGAAAAAGUUUUGUAUCAGUCACAAAAUGCUGAAUAUAAAGAAUUGAAACAAGAACACCAAAGAUAUACUUAUUUUUCAAAAAUUUACAAUGAUUUAGCUAACAAAAUCAUUCGUCCAACUCAAAAAGUUUUAUUUAUAUAUGUUGGUUAG